GAAGCUUGCCCAGCUCCGGUCGGACAUGCGCGGCAAGCAGUCGGCUACCGAUGCGAAGGAGAAGGUUAGCGUGGUGCUCGAGCGCGAGGUCGAGGACACUGCAGCGCAGAUUCGUCGGCAGCGAGGCGGUGUGCGCACUGAGCAAGCACCGCGGCGCCAAGCGAUCCCUGAGGACUUCCUGGCGCAAGCGGCGGGCGCGGAAUCUCUCGCGGCAUAUCCUGCGAUGGUCGAGUACCUCCAGCAGACGCAGAGCAGCGCAAAGUUAGCCAAGCCACAGAAGCUGCCCCACUCCGUCAUCAAUGAGUAUAGGUCAAGAGCAAGGUUGUACUUGAAGAGCCUGAUGUUCACAUGGAUUCCCCUCCUGAUGGCCCAG